GCAAGUUUUCUUAUACCAUGCAUCGUCCACUGCAAGCAGAUUCGAUCCACGAUCAACCAACGCAUAUGAUAGUAGUUUGAAAAGCAUUAUCUUCGAAGUUUGAAAAAAUUACCUACGAAUCGGGUCUGUGUCAAGUUUGUUUCUGCGUAACUUUUCGACUCAACAAAUCAUGUUACGAAAAGAAGAGGUCGCGUCCAUGAGAAUCGACUACAAGACCGAGGGGUUCAGCGAGGACGAUCUUGUAGCAAAAGAACCAAUGAAACAAUUCGAUGUGUGGUUUAAGAUGGCCCGUGAAUCAAAGGAUAUCCAAGAGGCUAAUGCUAUGGUUCUGUCGACGUGUGGAAGUGAUGGACAGCCGUCUGCUCGAACAGUUUUGAUGAAAAAUUAUGAUGAUCAAGGAUUUACAUUUUUCACAAAUUUUACAAGUACCAAAGGAAAACAACUGAUGGAAAACCCUAAAGCAUGCCUGCUUUUCUACUGGCCACCACUACAUAGACAGGUUAUCAUUAAAGGCACAGCUGAAAAAGUAUCUGAUGAAGAGGCUACUGAAUAUUUUCAUUCUAGGCCAAGAGGCAGUCAGAUAGGAGCCUGUAUCAGCAGACAAAGCACUGUCAUCCCUUCAAGAGAGGUUCUUAGUGAAAGAGAAAAGGUUUUGAAAGAACGAUAUGCAGAUGAAAGUAUUCCUGUUCCCAAACCAGAUUAUUGGGGUGGUUUCCUAGUUAGACCAGAAAGUAUAGAAUUCUGGAAUGGACAAACAAGCAGACUUCAUAAUAGAAUACGAUUCCGUAAACUCAUUCCCAAUGAGGAGAUUGAUAGCAAACUAACUAAAUUAGGAACCAAUGGCUGGGUAUAUGAAAUGCUAUCUCCUUGAUCUCUUCCUUUUAUUUUCUAAUAAUUAUGUAGUCCCAGAAAAUAUCCAUGCCCCACCUACGGAGGAAAUUGGAAAUUUUGGAGGGGAGGGGGGGGUCAAAGAAAGAACAAAUUAUUAGAGUAUUUAUGGAAGAAAAUUGGGGGUAUGGGGGCCCCUUUACAAAUUCCUCCAUAGUAGGGGUAUUGCGUAUGGAUAUUUAAUUAUGGAUCUACACUUGGUACAUGUAUUUUAGAUCUAUUUUGAAGGGAUUGACAGAGCGAACAUAGGCCUUUAAUAAGAUAAAAUGCUGUAGCAGCAUUUGAAGGUUUAGUGAUAGAAAUUUUCCUUUUAUAUUGAACCAAAAAACAAAGUCCCUGUUACGGUGCUUUAACUUGAUUAGCAAUCAAUUAGUUAAUCUUGGGACAAAUGUUGGAGCCGUUUGUCAGAGCCUAAGUAUUUAAAAAGGGAAAUUCAAAUGAAAUAAUAUGCUGCAGGUCUAACAAGCGUGUUGUCAUUUUAUUGUACACUUUGUGAUUGAUUAUUAGACUGCACCUAUAUAAUUCUGCUAAAAACGUCCCCGAUUUGCACAAGUUUAUUUUUAUUCUUCGAUAAAUAACUAUUACUAUAAUUUAUCUUAAACUGAAAUGAAAGUUGUACAUUACAAUGUAGAAUAUGAUGUAUUGUUAUGUGAUGGAAACUUAAAAGUAAAAUUAAUGGCUUUUGA